UUGUUGCUUUUAACACAGGAAAAGCACAUAUGUAACAACAAGAAACUUGCAGUUGGCGAUCAUGGCUCCAGGCACCAACUCGAUCGCCUAUGUGGAUAGAAACAAUAUCUACUACAGAGCAAACCCGGAAGAUGAGACAAAUGACAUCAUCCUCACAAGAGAUGGUGUCAAUGGCAAGAUCUACAAUGGAGUACCCGACUGGGUAUAUGAAGAGGAAAUAAUCUCAUCCAACUCUGCAAUGUGGUUCUCUCGGAAUGGCAGUUAUCUUGCGUACUUCAAGUUCAAUGACUCUAACGUGUUGAUACAAGCCAUUCCAGUGUAUGGCCCACCAAACCUAAAGCAGUGGCAGUACACACGCUACGACCAGAUACAUUACCCUAAGGUAGGAACACCCAACCCAACGAUCUCCGUACAUGUUUUCAAUCUGCGCAACUUCACUGGUGUCAACAACACACUCCCUACACAGUACAACUACCCAGCUCCAGAAGAUAUUACCAGUGAUAACAAAGAGCCUAUUGCCAGCUUGCUAGCUUGGACUAAUGAUGACCAAUUUAUCAUUGUAUGGAUGAACCGAUACCAGAACCAACUCGUUCUACAACUCUGUGAAGUCAGCGAUGUAAAUCCUUGCAGGACACUAUUCAGCUACAAAGAACCUAACGGAUGGCUGCAACUGGAGAAUCCUCGGUUUGACGCGGCAGGGGAUCGCAUGAUCUUCAUCUGGUGGCACCCUCAGAGUGAUGGAGAUUCAUACUCUCACGUGACCAUGAUGAAUCUAACACAACCUGAACCUCGGCUGAUCCCUCUCUCUUCUGGUACCUUCACAGUCACAGAGAUAUCUGGCUGGGAUCUGGACAGUGAUGAAGUGUAUUUCCUCGCCACAGUCCCAGGACACCCCGAGCAGCUGAGGACAUUCAAGGUGAUGGCCCACUCACCCUAUACGAUGACCUGCAUCUCCUGCAACCACCAGAAUGUGGUUGAUGGCAGCAACUGCUCCUACGCUGGGGCAAUGUUCAGCAAUGAUGCCCACUACUACGCCCUCAGCUGCGCAGGCCCCAACGUCCCUGAAGUCACCCUCUUUAACAGGGAGGGGGAGGAACUGAUAGUAUGGGAAGACAAUCGCAAGACUCGCAGUUUUGUGGAGAACCUGUCGAUGCCAGUGAAGCGAGUCAUGGAUGUACCCACGGGUAACGGAUACACAGCACGGGUACAGCUGAUUCUGCCUCCUGAGCUAGCAGACUUUGAUGAGAAAAAGGUCUAUGAAAAGAAGUACCCUCUACUUGUCAAUGUAUAUGGGGGCCCUGAUUCUUCUAUGGUGAAGGACAUGUUUGCUACAGACUUUAACACUUACAUGGUAGCCAAUAAGUCAAUUGUAGGGGUCUUCAUCGAUGGCAGAGGCUGCAACCUCAUGGGUCUCAAGGCUCGGUACGCUAUCUACAAGAAACUUGGCCAGGUGGAGGUGGCAGAUCAACUCACAGUUAUCAAAUAUCUGCAGGACACAUACUCGUUCAUUGAUCGCAACCGAACAGCCUCCUGGGGCUGGAGCUAUGGUGGCUAUGCAACCGGAAUGAUGUUGGCAGAUGAUGCUGAGAACAGAAUCAAGUGUGGCGUUUCCAUAGCACCUGUUACAGACUGGGUCUACUACGACUCUAUCUACACAGAGCGUUUCAUGCAGACAUUUGAAGAAAACCUGAACGGCUACAUGCAAGCUUCGUUGCUCAACCGAUCGAGUAAACUGAAGAACAAAGAGUUCUUCCUAAUCCAUGGAACCAAGGAUGACAAUGUCCACUACCAGAACUCCAUGCAACUGGCCAAGCUGUUGGCUAGGAAUGACAUUCCAUUUCGGCAAAUGACUUACCCCGAUGAAGAUCAUGCUCUGAAGUUUGUCCAGCCUCAUUUCUACCAUGCAAUUGAAGAGUUCCUGGAUGAAUGCUUAUUCGAAACAUCCUCGUGAUAAUGCUGGUUGUUGAUUUUUGUUAUUGCUCAGUGUAUGUACAUGUUUGAUGUUGUUUUUUUGUAAAUUUUAUUUAUGUUUUAUAUAUCAGUAGUAUAUUUUGCAAAGUUUUUGAGAAAUUAAUCUCAUCUCUCGAGAUAAAAUUGUUUCUGCAUUACAGACCUUUAAAAGGUGUGGGGUAUGUAUUGUAAUUUGUGAUUGUUUAUAACUAUUCUGUUAAGUACUGUACUUGUUAUGUUUUAGUAUUGGAACAAACUAUUAUCAGUGUUAUUUUCUAACAGUAUUGCGAUUUGCUUUUAAUGAUUUUAUUUUCUAAACUCUAGAUCAGUUCCUUAUUUUAAAAUCGACUAAUUUUUAUUUUAAUGUGUAUCAAAUAUUGUUAUAGAUGAAAUGAUUUUAUUCCAUUUACAAAAUGGUACAUCAUAUUCCAUUUUAUAGUUUUUUACAAUUAUAUUAUUAUACCUUAUUGAGGAUUGAUAAUCUAAUUCUAGAGUUUUGUUAUUUGUUUUUCUUAUUUUACUUCAUAUAAGAAUACAUAUUUAAGUACUUGUAUGAAAAAUUUUAACAUUUAUUUAACCUCAAAUUUAUAUUGAUUACAUCAAAUAAUAUUCAUAAGUUUACUACUUUUCAUCGUUGUGUACCAUUUUUUUAAAUUGACUUUUACAAGCUUAACAACAUGUUUAAUACAUACGGUUUCAUGAAGAAUGUUAUUAAAUAUUAUUAAGAAACACAAUUCAUUUUACACUGUCUAAAACAAGUGAAGAAGUUUUGCUAACUCAUAACAGUAUUUUUAUUGUGUGCAUACUUUUAAUUAAAUGUAAAUAAUGAACUUUUAUAACUUUUAUUCUCAUACGUACUUAAGCAGUUGUUAGUAGCUAGCAAAGUUGAUAACUUAUAUAAUUGUUUAGCCAAGUAAGAUUGAAAUGUAAAAAGAACAAUUGUAAUUAAUGUUAAAUGGUCUCGAUAAGUUAAGUUAUAUUUCUCAAGUCUUUGUACAAAUAUUCUACCAAUAAAGAGAUUGAUCACAUUGA